ACUCCACGGAGAAGAGAAUGAAAUAGUACUUCAAACCAAGAUCAUGGCGGCUCCGCUCGGGCGGGAUACUUUACCUGAACACUGGUCUUAUGGAGUUUGCAAAGACGGAAGGGUGUUUUUCAUUAAUGAUGAAACUCGAAGCACGACUUGGCUUCAUCCUCGAACUGGUGAACCUGUCAAUUCGGGGCAUAUGAUACGAUCAGAUCUCCCGCGAGGAUGGGAAGAAGGGUUUACAGAAGAAGGGGCCAGUUAUUUUAUAAACCAUAACCAGAGAACAACCACCUUCCGACACCCUGUAACGGGGCAGAUAUCCCCUGAAAACCUUGACUUCGUCAUAGAGGAACAGCCAAAUUUACACAUGUCCAAGCAACAGUCAAGUCAAAGACCUUCAAGUAUGGUCAGCGAGUCAUCAACUGCUGUCACAUCAUCCACUGUUGACACCACCUCAGGGUCAAAGGGCUCUAAAUCCAGUAAUAAGGUCCAUAGCUUUGGAAAAAGAGACCAUGCCAUCAAGAGGAAUCCUAAUGUGCCUGUUGUGGUGAGAGGCUGGCUUUAUAAACAGGACAGCUCUGGAAUGAGGCUAUGGAAACGAAAAUGGUUUGUGUUGGCUGAUUACUGCUUGUUUUAUUAUAAAGACAGUAGAGAAGAAGCUGUCCUUGGCAGCAUUCCUUUGCCCAGCUACGUGGUUUCUCCAGUGGAACCGGAAGACCAUAUCAGCCGCAAAUAUGCAUUCAAGGCUACCCAUACAGGAAUGCGUUCUUACAUUUAUAAUAAGAGCUCUGUCAUCGGCUCCCAGGCAGAGCAUUGUGGGAUGCGAACAUAUUACUUCAGUGCAGAUACACAGGAAGAUAUGAAUGGCUGGAUGAGAGCCAUGAACCAGGCGGCACUAAUGCAGACUCACACGUUGAAAAGAGAAGCGGAAAGGUCAGAGCGACAGCCAGCACCCCAGACCAACCACGUCAACUCAAGCAAGAGCUUUCCCCAGCCAGAGGGGCAGCGCGGGUCGGAGAGGCCCGGGAGGCCCACCGAUGAGACAUUUGGUUUUGAAAAACGAGAGGAGAUCCGCAAGGAGCGUGAGGACGAGGAGAGGUACGGUUUCCGCAAGGACACCCUGGAGGACAAGGGUAAGGUCCAGUCCCCAGCCACGGUGGGCGAGAUGGAUGGCUUGUUACCUGAACCGGCCGGUUGUUCUCGUGCGCAGCCUGUCCAGAGGAACGGACUGGCCCCCGCUUCAGUAAUGCCAGAGCAGAACGGCAACACUGUCUACAAGAGGGGCUUUGUCCCGCGGACAAACACAGAAAAGCAGGUUCAGAGAAAGACCAACCUUGCCCAGGUGGAGCACUGGGUGAAACUACAGAAAGGAGACCCCAAGAGCCUCCCGGCCUCUGAGCAGACUCUGCCUCGGCGGACCCCUCCCGUCCAGCGCCACAGCGCCGGGGAGACCUAUCAGACCCUGCCAAAGAGCUCCAGGCAGCCCCCAGGCAGCCCCCCGCCGGCCCCCCGCAACCUGCCCAGCGAUUACAAGUACGCCCACGACCGGCUCAGUCACUUCCGGAUGUCCACAGAGGAGCGCCUGGCCUCCAAGGAAGGCACGGUGUGGCAGCUGUUCGAGUGGCAGCAGAGGCAGCAGUUCAAGCACGGCAGCCCCACGGCUCCCAUCUACCCGGACUCCGGGGCCCCCAGGAUGACCCUGGAGGUGCCCCGCUCCAUCUCGGUGCCGCCCUCGCCCUCCGACAUCCCGCCGCCCGGGCCGCCCUCCAAGAGCCUGUCGCCCCGCAGGCCGCACACCCCUGCGGAGCGGGUGACGGUCAAGCCCCUCAACGAGAGGCCGACUGCGGAAAUCCCCGCGCCGGUGUCCCCCCACAGGGUACGGUCUCACAUCUCCAAGACAGCUCACGUUGAAAGACGCUCAAUGCCACCGAUGGGAUAUAUAACUCAUACAGUCAGCGCACCAAGUUUGCAUGGGAAAACGCUGGAGGAGCUGACGUUGCUCCUCAUUCAGUUGAGGAGACACCAGGCUAAGAUGGCCAGUGUGCGAAAUGACACUAUAGCCCAACUGCAGCAGCAGAAUGGGCCAACAAAGUCAACUCUCCAGGCUGAUGAUACUUACAUGCAACUGAAGAAGGACCUGGAGUAUCUAGACUUGAAGAUAAAAAAUAUUGAACCGUUGAUCCUCAUGGUUCACAAUGUGUUACAAAACUCUUCACAAGGUUUACGAUCCAGUUUAAACGUGUCGGGUCGUGAUAGUCUCAAAGAAAGAUCCGCAAAACCUGUUAAAAUAGCCGAAAGUGAUGUUGAUGUAAAGUUAAGCAGGUUGUGUGAACAGGACAAAAUUCUUCAAGAGCUGGAAACCAAGAUCCGAACUCUGAAGGAAGAUAAGGAUAAGCUGGAAUCGGUGCUAGAUGUGUCCCACACACAGAUGGAGCACUACAGAGACCAACCCGCUCAUGCAGAAAAGAUUGCCUACCAGCAAAGGCUACUGCAAGAAGAUGUGGUUCACAUCAGGGCUGAGAUCUCCAGACUGUCGACGGAAAUGGAAAAUUCCUGGAAUGAGUACGAAAGGCUUGAACUGGAUUUAAAGCAGCUCAGAGACGGUCUGCAGGAACAAAUUAGCAGAAGUGUUCUAGUCCAGCAGGAGAAAGCCCAAACGAAAAAAGAUAUGUGGCGGAUCGAGGAUGUCAUGGCUGGACUAAGCUCCAAUAAAGCCAACUACAAAGUUACCAUUGCUUCUAUGAAAUAUCCAGAGAGGAAAGUUGUGCCUUCAGUGUCCUUGUCCUCAGUGCCUUCUCUGCCCCUCGGUGUCUCCACGCUGGAGAGAGUGCCAGUUCCCACCCGCAGCCCACAGCUGAGCCCUGUCCAGCCUGCCCCAGAGACCAGGGCGCCCCACCAUUCACAGCUGUACAGCCAACAGUUCCUGCAGCAGCCCCACUCAUCGGGCAAGUCCGUGCCAAAGCAGGUGGAGGAUGAGGCUCCUCCCAGACCACCCCUGCCCCAGCUGUAUAGUCCUGAUGACCAACCGCCUGCUGUCCCGCCACUUCCGAAGGAAGCCUCGGUCAUCAGACACACGUCCGUCCGCGGUCUCAAACGCCAGUCUGACGAGAGAAAGAGGGACAGAGAAAUUGGCCAAUAUGUUAAUGGUGAUUAUAAGAGUGUGGAGCUGCGAUCGUACAUGAGCGAGCCUGAACUUUUCAGCGGAGGAAGUAGCUACAGUCAGAUGAGCGCUCAGGAUCCUGACAGCAGAUACCAGACUUUACCAAGUAGAGGACUAGCAGGCUCCACCUCCAGACUGAACCAGUCCACAAGCAUUUCCUCCUAUGUUACCCUUAGAAGAGGAGUUUCUCCAUCUGGUUUAAAGUCCUUGCAGGAAAGACCAAAGAGUGCCUUAGAGCGCCUGUACUCUGGGGAGCAUCAGAAAGGCCGAAUGAGCGCGGAGGAGCAGCUCGAACGCAUGAAGAGACACCAGAAGGCGCUGGUGCGGGAGCGCAAGAGGACUCUGAGUCAGGGAGAGCGAGCAGCCAUGUCAUCCGGCUCCACCUCCAGACCCGUCUCUGCAGACGUGGGCUCAUGGAAGCGAGAGCAGGAGUUUGAUUUACAGCUCCUGGAGCGAGCUGCGUGGGGCGGCGGCGGCGGCGAUGACAACGACGCCAAGAAGAAGGAGGAGGAGGAGGAGCGCACGAGAGAGCAGGAGGAAGAGUGGCUCACUGUUCACGCUGUGCCAAUGAAGGAGCUGGACUUGGAACCGCAGGACUAUGAUUUAGAUAUCAGCCGAGAGUUAUCAAAGCCUGAGAAAGUUCCCAUUCCGGAACGCUACGUGGAAACGGAGCCGGAGGAGCCUCUUAGCAUUCAGGAGAUGGAAGCUCGUCAUCGCAAAGUAGAAAGAAUCAAAAGCAUCCUUGCCAAAUCGAGCGUGCAGAAUGUACAACCAGCCAUUACAGUGGACAAACCUGACUUCACAGACCUGGACUCUGCGCUGCAAGAACAAGAGAGAAUCAUAACUAUGUCAUAUGCACUAGCUUCAGAAGCCUCACAGAGGAGCAAGCAGGUAGCAGCCAAAGCAGCAACCGAACAUUAAGGUGGUAUCAGACUGGCUCAGAACAAUCUGCAUCCUGGAAGACAGAAGACUUGUGUCCCCAUAUACAGUAUAUAUAAAAAACUUUGCAAAGUGAGUUAUUUAAUUGCAUAGCUAUUAGUGCUACAGUACAUGAGGUACAUUUAAUGCAUUUUUUAAAAGUAUUUUUAGUUUUAAGAAAUGUAUUUUGUAAUGUAAACAAAACUUUGCAGUGAGGCCUGAUGUGAAUAUAUUAACUAUGGGUGUUUAACAAUGUUAAUAUUAUACUAGGAAACAUUUUGUACAUGCUAUUGCACUUUUAUUAAUACUGUAUCACAAUGAAGACUUGGAAUGUGUAUGGUUUUUACAAAAAACAAGUUGCUGUGUUUGCAGUGUUGUAUGAAUUGAAGGGAAAGUUUAAUUUAAAGGUGUUUCUUGGUAUUUUAAUUACUGAAAGAGUUGCAACAGCAGAAAAGAGGUUCUGAAAUUAUUUGCAUCAAAUGCUGAUUGUAUUUUUAUCUAUAACUUAGAUAAUACUCUUACCAAAUCAGUUAAUUUUUGUAUCUAAUCCAGCACUGCCAGUAUAAACUUCGUUAGUUUGCCAAAUGGAUUUUAUUUUUGCCUCUGAUGUUGACAAUACUGAUAUUGAUAACCUUUACGUAAAUAUUUUCAGGAAAAAUUACUUUUUUAAAAAAGGUUAUAAUGUGAUUUUUAGUGUAAAUAUUAAAAUAUUAACCAUACUAUUUUUGCCUACAUAUUUGGAUUUUGACACUAUAUAAUUGACAUUACAGAGAUUGUAUUAAAACGUUGCCUUAAACUGAAAUGGAUGAGUUACUCCAUGAAUGUCUUUUUUCCCACAUUCUGUUUUCAUGAAAAGCAUAGGAAAUUGUAAGAGCUAUCUACAAAAACUUCAAGCCAUUGGCAGAUGGUAUGUGUGAGGAAGAUGGCAAGGUCACUGCUGAGGAAGUCUCAUCUCUGAAAGUCACCAGUACAUUUAGUUCACAGCACCUGGCACCACCUUUGAAAAUAACACUUAUUUUAAGUAAUACGUAAGGACUGCUUUUGGUGCAUGAUUGCUUUUAAAUGUAUAUGUGUGUGUUUUUUUUAAAUCAGAUACUACUGCUGCAGUUUCUACACUUUACAGCUGUCUGCCUGAUAUUAAGAUGGAAAAGAACUUUAUUACACUAUGACCAGACUGAGGUUAUUCUCAAGUGCUCCUAACAUCCACUUCAGAAAGGUGCUUAUUUCAGUGUUGUUGAUGUUGAAAGCUGAAUCAAACAUUUGAUGGAAGUUAGAAACCUUGGUAUUACUUUGAGACUAUACUAUGAUUUGAACAGCAUAUUGAGAACAUCAAGGUAAUCUUAUUAUCCCACCUGUGUAACACUGCUCACUUAUGACUGCUUAUCUGACAAUUAAAAUAGUUAUACUCUUCAUGCCUUUAUUUAGUUUAGAUUGUCAUAGCAGUUUACUGGGAUACAACAUUCAACAGACAUAAAAAUCAAACUGACUAGUCUACGCAAUAUACACAUGUAUAUACUGUAUGUACAUAUAGUGUUUAUUAUAAACAUUAUUGGUAUUUAUAAACAUUAUAAACAAGACUGAUUGUCAAAAGGUAUGUGUACAACAGGACUCAAAUACAGAAAAUGGUCAAAAGAAACCAGAUGGGAACUGGAAAAUGCGCACCUAUGGUUACACAACAAACUGAUAAAGGCGUUUCUUCUCAUUAUUUAGAUUUAUUAAAAUGUUUAAAAAUGUACUGUUAAAAUAGAAAAGGUCUUCACGAGUCAAAUUAGAAAUUCUGAUUUUAUUAAAUGGAAAGAGAACUCCGUAACAACAAUACAAAAAAAGUUCUAAUUUUGAAGUUAUGGUAAACUUAUCCUAAUCGGAAUACACAAUUUCAGUUUGAGUAACUAGUCAAAUCAAGUUGACAAACUAGAAUUUACUUUCAAAAAAUGCCUUUUUGGUUCUCCUUUGCAAGGCUGGUGAAGUAACCUUUUCUUCAUAGUAACGGAGUACAAAGGAAAAGUACAAAAUGUACGUACAUCACAGCACCUCAGAUUCUGUUUGAACACUCUUAUUGAUUGCUUUGACCUCUUUACAUUUCAUUCUAUUAUUUGAAAAAGGAUUCUAACUUUAGCUGAAUCAGCCAACAGAGGUGAACUUUCAAUAAAGGAAAAACUUCUUGAGACACUUCUUUAGUUCAAAGCUUUUGCAUUUUAAAGAGCAUUUUUAAUUUGACACUGCUACAAUAUUCUCUGCUGUGAAUUUGUGCAGGGAUCAUAAUUAAUCUUUGUACAUGUGGGUCUAUUGGCAACCUAGAAUAUGAUUUUUUUUUUCUUCACACUAGUUCAUAACAUCAAAUAUUCACAAAAGGGUACGGGGUGAACAAUACAGGUCACCUUUAUGUCCAAGCUAUUGUGUUUUUUUGUUUCCCAAUUAUUGUCAUCACACAAAUAGAUUUCGUGUACAGUGUUCUUAGCCAUUGUCAUUAAACUAUCCUCAUUCAUACGUCUAAACUCAUCUCCUCAACAAAGCCCAAGGUUAAUUAUCGAGCUUAUGUACCCAAUGUGAGAAAAUGUUUCUGCAGGUAUCUUGAUUAUUAUCGAGUAUAAAAUGCUAGGCAUGUUUCAUUUAAAGCUGGAUUUUGAAUGUUAUAGGUUGGCUAAAUAUCAAUGAGCACUGACCUCAAAGAGCUUGGAUGUAAGAGGGUAGACCUCAUUAUUUAAACCUGCUGCAUACAGUAUGUCAGGCUCUUUCCCUGUAGCAAGCUCGGGGUUGCUGUCUAUUUAAAAAAAGAGACCAGCUACUCUCUAGUUGUUUCACUUUGUAAAAUUAUUUUUAUUUCACAUUUUCCUGUUUUUAGUGCACUAUAAACAAGAUCCAUUAAUAUACCUGAAGACAAGUAGUAUUGACCUAAAUAGCAAAUCUUGUGCUUUCAGCAUUGGCCCCUGUAGUUCAAGAAUCGGUGUAGUAUUUUUAAUGUUUUGUGCAUGUUGGACAACAUGCAAUUUCCUUUUUUCUUAUUUUUGUGGUUUUUAACAACUGUAAAUGAUAUUGCUCUCAUCACAUAGAUGAUGGCAUUCUGACAUUUUCCAAUUACAUAUUUAUUUUUAGCAAUUUACAUGUUCAAAUAUGUCAUUUAUUUAGAACUAUUUUUGAAAAAUCUUAUCAGAUAGCGAUGGCCUGGCGUCCUGUCUAGGGUGUACCCUGCACUGCACUCGUUGCUUGUUGGGAUAGGCUCUGGCUCCCUGGUGACCUUAACCUGGAUGAAAUGGUUAUAAAAACAAUGGGGGGGUAAUUUAGUUUCCAUUACCAUUUUUAAUUAAAUAUCUCAAUAUGUUCUAUGAUUUCUCUUAAGAAGUCCUCAUUCUAACUACCUAAUUUCAUUUGAGAUCUUUCCCGUGUACUGCAAUUUGCUUUUGUUUUUUUAUAAGAACGUUACUUCUCUGACCGUCAUUUCAGUUUCUGUGCAUCUUGCACCAUACUGGAAGGAUCAAAUACACCAGCUGAAUUCUUUAUAUACGGAAAUGGACGACUGCUCCUACUAGAUCUGUAAGGCAAUAAAAAGCAUAUAAAAUAACACACUUCAAAUGAAAUGCAAAAUAACAGUAUGGAAGUGGACUGUGCGUGAAAUGCAGUUUUAACCUGGUUCUAAACCCAUGGACAGUCCUCAGAACCUUCAACUUCAAACAUAGCAUUUCUAUGUUUAGCUUCAAGAAAACCGAGUUGACUCCCUACCUCUCAGAAGUUCAAUGAUGAUUUCUCCAAAGGGUAUGUUUUUAGUGAACACAAAUGCCGCU